UCUAAACUUUAUAUUUUAGCUAAUAUGACAGUGCUCAGGAAACAAGGACUUUCUUCUGACAGCGGGUUCGGCGAAGAAAUGUCUCAAACAACCGCUGGACCCGGUUCACCGCAGUGGGCUCUCGCACCGGAAUUUGUUCCUCGAGCAGUAUUUUCUUCCUCUGUGAAAUCUUACGCCGAAACAGUAAAGCCAAAAUCUCCAGAAAGCGGCAACAGCGAGUCGCCUCCAUCUCACUCUGAACAACUUUUGUGUCCAUUCGCCAUGGGUGAAGUUUGUCCGUACGGUGAUCAGUGUUCGUAUUUGCAUGGUGAUAUAUGCGAACUAUGUGGUAAACCCUGUCUCCAUCCUUUAGAUGAAGAGCAAAGAAAACAGCAUAAUGAGGAAUGUACACAAGAAAUAGAAAGGGACAUGGAACUGUCGUUUGCUGUUCAACGUAGCCUUGGAAAGACGUGUGGUAUUUGUAUGGAAAUAGUGGUAGAAAAAGAACCCCCUACAGAACGGAGGUUUGGAAUCUUGGAGAAGUGUAAUCACGUAUUCUGUCUCACUUGUAUUCGCCAGUGGAGGAAAAUGAAGCAGUUCGAAAGCAAAAACAUUAGGUAUGAUUGA